CCAAGUAUGAUCUGGAAAUGCACUUGUAUUAUCGCUCUGGCGUCAGAACUGCUCGCUCUUCAGGUCUAUCAAGACUCUUCUGUUAAUGCAACUGUUGGUGAGGAUGUCCUCUUGUCCUGUUUGUAUAACGCAGCUGUUCGUGUCGGUCAGUACAGGUGGUUUAAGGGAAACGUGUCUGAAGUGUCGCCAGAAGCCCGGGGGUACGAAGGUCGGGUUAAACGACUUCUUGACGAUGCCUUCAGGGAUGACAAAAAUGCCUCCAUCCAAAUUCAAGGCGUGACCCUCUCGGAUUCGGGAAUGUAUUACUGUGAGGUGGAAAUAUUUGGCUCUGGAAAAGCCUUUGGGAAUGGAACAAAUCUUCAGGUUUUCAGCCGUCAGGAUCAGAAAGGAAAUUCGUGUACUGCACCAGAUCUAAACAACUGGCUCUACAUCGUGAUUGGACUGCUGGUUUUGGUUAUCGUUAUCACAUUCGCAUUACUGGCAUUUUGUGUGACAUCAAAGAGAGGUAUUCCACCAAACCAAAUGGAUGACAGUGUCUAUAAUGAAGUGAAGAUUUAUGAGAGAACAAAAAGAAAACCAAACAAAAAUGCAGACUCCCAGGAAAUAGAUACAGAGCAUUUGCAGUAUGCUAUGCUAAAUCUGAAGGAAGGAAAGAAAAAAACAAGAAUGCAACAUCAAACGCCAGUUGUGUAUGCUUCAGUUUCAUCAAGAUCCUAAUACAGGAGCAACCUCAUAUGUUACUGUGGCAUUUUGGAAAACAAAACUGCUGCCGUACUAAAUGAAAAUGUUGCUUGAAAUGUUUUGAAUCCAUUUCCAGUAUCUCCACUGUGACAAAUAAGCAUUCUGGAAGUGCCUUUUCAUUUUAUGCUGCUUUUUUCUGAAUUUUCUUUGCUUGUUUAUUUUUUUUAAGAUAUACUGCAGAUUAAAUGUAAUUUGAUAGGAUUGUUCUUAAACUAUUCUCACUGCAGUGGAAUUCCAUUAGUCUCAUUCCAUAUGUUUCAUCAGUGAAGUUGCUGAUUCCAUAGAUUUCAGGAAUAAAGACUAGACAACUUUGUGGAUGUCAGAAAAAUGUCUGAAAAUAUACUGUUCUCUGGCCAAAUAAAAUAA